AGAAAAAAAUCUUUUUAUCAAAAAUGUCACAAAGACCACCCGUCCCAACAAGUAAAAUCACUAAAUCUCUACGUUUUUAGAUCAACCUCCUCAACAACCCCAAGCACCAUAAUAUCAUCCAUAAGCACCUCAAUAUGCUCCUCAAUACGCUCCUUAAUACACUCCUUAAUAUUCACCUGCACCAUUAGCCACAUAUCCCGCAUAAUAUGCUCCAGCAACAUACGCUCCUGCUUAUGCUCCAGUUGCUCCAUUAACAUACAGCGUCGCCAGACCAGUUGCCCCAGUUGUCGCUCAACCCGUAGUUGCUUAACCAGUUGUGUAAGCCCCAGUUUUGCAAUAAUCAGUCAUUGCUCAACCAGUCGUUCAACAACCAGUCCAUGUAACAAAAAAAAAUUCAAAUUUAAAUUAGGCAACCAUCAAGGGAGAAUCAAGAAUCGAAUACGUUCCCUACCAAAAGGCUGUGAUGGAAUAUGAAGAACAAGAAGUCGUUCAAUAUGUCCCAAGAGAAAGAAAAGUCACAGAUUAUUAUGCAGUUGAAUACUAAACGGAAUACGUCCCAUAAGUGUUCCAAGAGAAAUACACAGGUACUCCAAUUGCCUACUAAAAUUAUUAGAGUACGUCCCAGUCGACAGAUAUCAAGAGAGAGUUGAAUACUAUCCAGUUGAGAGAUAAGUUGUUCAUGUACUUUUCACUUCAACUAACUUUUUAGUAAUAAGUCGUCCAACAACCAGUCGUCCAAUAAGUGGUCUAACAACCAGUCGUCCAAUAAGUGGUCUAAUAACCACUCGUUUAAACAGUUGCACCAUAACCAGUUGUUCAAUAAUAUGUACAAUAACCAGUCAGCAUUGUUUAACCUGUAUAAACUUAUCCAGUCUAAUAUGCUGCCCCAAUCGUUUCAUCAAGAGUGAUUCCAUCAUACCCUCAAUAUCCUUAAUAUCACCCAGCACCAUAAUAAGUUUAAUAACCUCCCAGAUCAAAUUUGAACAAUAACAUUUGAUAAAUUAUAAGUACAUCAUAAAAAAAUAAUUUUGUU